AUGCCGAGCUAUGUGAAAUUCCUCAAGGACAUACUUGCCAACAAGAGGAAGAUCGGGGAGAAUGAAACUGUUGCAUUAACAUAUGAAUGUAGUGCGCUGUUUCAAAACAACAUCCCCACCAAAAUAAAAGAUCCCAGGAGUUUCACAUUGCCCUACAUAAUAUGGGGUAAAGAAUUUGGGAAUGCGCUGUAUGAUUUGGGGGCAAGUAUAAAUCUUAUGCCCUUGUCAAUCUUCAAAAAGUUAAAUAUCGGCAAAGAAAGACCUACCACGAUUAUGUUGCAGUUGGCCGAUAGAUCAAUAACGCAUCCCGAGGGAAAAAUAGAGGAUGUACUUGUGCAAGUGGAUAAAUUUAUCUUCCUUGCUGACUUUAUCAUAUUAGAUUAUGAAGCUGACAGAGAGGUGCCUAUCAUCUUGGGUCACCCAUUUCUUGCAAUAGGGCGAGCACUGAUCGACGUACAGAAAGGAGAGCUUACCAUAAGGGUUGACGAUCAGCAAGUUAAAUUCAACAUUCUCAAUACGUUGAAAUAUCCAAGUGAUAUGGAGAAUUGUCAAUAUGUUGAAGAACUGCAUGAUGAUCAUUGGCACGAGCCUUAG